GCAUCUGCAAAUGAUCGCUGGCUCCGAGAGUCCUGGAGCUACAGCCGAGGGUUCCUCUCAGAGCGGACUCCAGAACAAAACGAGCUCGGGAGAGGAGACGCAGCGAUGAUCAACACCAUGGAGUGCGCCGUGGACGCGCAGAGCCUCAUCUCCAUCUCCUUAAUGAAGAUCCACAACUCCAGGACGCAGAGGGGGGGCAUCAAGCUGCACAAGAACCUGCUCGUCUCCUACGUGCUGAGAAACGCCAGGCAGGUCUUCAUCAAGGAGAAGUACGCGGAGAUCUACCGGAUGCAGCAGUACGACGAGGUCAUGACGGUCAGCAACGAGAUCCAGCCGCUCGACCCGCUGGAGACGGAGGACGGCGCCGCGGAGGACGAGCAGCCGCGGGCAGCCUGCUGCAUGGAGGAGGCGAGCGCGCGCUGCCGGACCCCGUGCGCUCUGCCCGUCUGCGCGCCUCUGGAGGAGGAGAGCAAGGAGCCGCCGCCGUGCUACUACCGGAGCUGCUGCGAGGCUCCCCCCGCGUCCCCCUGCGAGCAGUUCCCCGCUCACUGCAGGAAGACCACGGUACUGGACCUGGACACGCAUGUGGUGACCACCGUGGAGAACGGCUUCCUCCACCAGGACUGCUGCUGCGACGCGCUGCAGUGCGCUCCGGGCGCGGAGUCCCUGGCCAAAAAGCGCAAGGUGGAGUUCGGUUCUUCCACAUCCGACGUGGAGGAAGUGUCGGACUUCUCUCACAAACGAGCCAAGCGCGAGGACUGCUGCUUUUCCGGCGCGGACUUCACGGACACUGCCAACAUCUCCAACCUGAUCUCCAUCUUCGGCUCCGGGUUCUCGGGGCUGCUGAGCAGACAGGCGGACCUGGAGCAGAUCUGUAGCAAACAGGCGCUGGCCAGUCUGGGCGCAUGGACGCGGGCCAUAGUGGCGUUCUGAGAGGGAACGGUUCUGAAGGAGACCGGGAUCCGGUGUGGACUCUGUUCCGGUAAAAUAAGGGAGAAGGACUACUCGUCAAAGUUUACAGGCGGCUCAUAUCUAGAAAUGGUUUUUGUUUUUCUAAUUUCCAUUCAGAAUCCUCGCACAGGUUUUUCUGAAGCCAAACCGGUUUGGAACAUGUGACGAAAUCCGUUUAUUGACCUCGUUUCUCUGCUCGGUGAUGCUUUAGCAGAAUCCUGAAAGCAUGGAAAAAAAGGGGUCCAAGUUCAACUUUUAAAAAUGAAUUAAAGGGUAACCAAACAAUAAAUCAACUUUUUUGGCUGUUGAUCUCUAUAAAUAAGACUGUGCUGUCUGUUGGCCUUUGCCUUUUUUUAAAAACUUUAAGAUAAACUUGUUUAAUUCUUGAAAUUAUGGUUAAAACCCGCCUGUGUGCUGCCCUCUACAGGUUAAAACAGGUAAUACAGUUGAAUUUUGUGAUUGGUCCACUGGUCUAGUCUCAGAAGAUUCAUGUCAUCAUGCUCUGUAGGGCUGCCACGAUUAGUCGACUAUUAAAAUAGUUGAUGACUAAUUUAAUAGUCGAUUAGUCGUUACUUUAUAUUAUAUGGAGUCAGAGUGUAGUAAAGUUGAA